AUGAUAUUUCGCAGCAUUGUCUUACUUCUACUAGUCGUCUUGCUGAUCAGCACAAUCGGUGUUGAAGGCAGAGGACCAAGACGAGGUGGUGGUUUUCGUGGGCGGUCUCCUCGUCGAGGUCCAUUCGGAGGAGGAGGGCGCGGACAUGGACCUGGCCGUGGUUUUGGUCGCGGACCUGGUCGUGGAUUCGGGCAUGGACCUGGACACGGACAUGGACACGGAUUUGGUCAUGGACAUGGUGGUUUCGGUCACGGACAUCACCAUCACUUCGGAUAA